AUGGAUAGACCAAGAUUUGCUCAGCAUAAGUGUGAAGGUCGAAAUUUUAGAUUUCGAUUUUUUUUAAGCUAUGCAUUACAAAAAGUAAUAUUGGUAUGUGAUUUAUGUCAGAAUUAUGCCAAUUCAAAUAAAACAUCCAAAAAAUUUUUUUGA